CGACGAACGAAAGAGAAGAAAACACAGUUAGAGAGUUUUUUUUGUAACCGUAACUCCGUAAUUGUAAUUAAAGAGAAGAAAGAAUGGAGAAGCUGUCAUCAGCUGCUGUGGUUCCUCAGCUCCUCCGCAACAUCAUCAUCGCCGUCGUUGUUUUCGCCGAUGAAUCUCUCCUUCAAAUCUCCGGGAAUUCAAAGCUCCUCGAGAAACUCCGUGUAUUUCUCGUCACGUGUUUCCUCUUCUUCUUACGCUCUCUUCCUUCAGUCGUCUCUUUCGCAAACCCUAAUUCGAAGAAGAAGAAGACGAAGAAUAAGAUGCUGGUGAUCAGCGAUUGCGAAGAAUCGGGAAUCGGUCGAGCGAUUUGGCAGUUAUUGUCGGCGAUGAAUGAAAUUCCGGUGAGUUCUAGAAAGUACCAAGUGGUUCGAUCGUUGGCGGAGAGACUAAUCGACGAGAAUCACGGAGAGAACUCAAUCGCCUUGUUCGAUUUGAACCGUAGGGUUUUAAACGCGUCGUUUCGUACAACUCUAAGCCGGUUAGAGGCGGCGGUUGAGCGUAACAGUAACCGGAGAGAUAUAGGUGAACCGGUUCGUCGUGGAUUAAACCGGGUUGUGAGAGCUGCGGUUAGAGCCGUGGGAGAUGGAUUUAUCGGUUGGGGUGGAGAAGAGACGGCGGAAACGUCGGAGAAACUGGCGGCGGAACUGCUUUGGUUGGCGGAGAAGAUGGCGGUUUAUGGAUUCGUGGAUGAAGCCGUUGAGAAAUGGGCUUCGGCUUCUAACUUGGCUUCGCUUGCUCUUUCGUCUGAGCCACGUCUUCAAUGCUCUUUGGUCCAAAUUUCUGCUUUAUUGUUCAAAGAAGCCAAGGACAUUAAAGAGGGAAAAGAAGAAGAAGCAGAGGAAGCAAAAUUGAAAGAGAUAAAGAAGAAGAUGCUUAUUUCGUGGAUUCCGUUGCUGUGCCGGGCUAGCAACGGAGCGGAUAAACCGGUGUUAAGAAGUGCGGAACGAGCGGAUCUCGAGAAAGUGUUGGAGAAGAUGAUAUCUGAACUAAAUGAAGAGGAGCAAGAAAGAGUUCUCUCACUCUGGCUUCACCAUUACACACACUGCUCUUCCUCUGACUGGCCUGACCUCAACGGCUCUUAUGUUCGUUGGUGCCACUCUUCUCGUCAGCUUUUGCUCAUACGCCAUUCUUCUCAUAUAUCUCCUUGAUACACAAGUACAAGUUGCUACAAUAUUUGCAAUAGCAUUGAUCUUUUGUAUAUCUUAAUUCUGUACUAAGUUUUGCCCUUUAGAAAUUACUUAUUAUCAAUAGGAAAUAUGGAUUUUGCCAGCAAAACAACAUUGAAAUGCCUAAUCAUUUACUAAAUACAGUUUAAAUAA